UAUCGAUUUAUUUUGUGACCCUGUUCCGACUGCGUUCCUCAGAGCGCAUCUCAUCACUGUGCCGCCGCCGGUCGCACGCGAAUUUCGUCCAGGGGGGCCCGCAGGACCGGAAAGGGUUACGUAAUGCAGCUGAUUCGCGUGCGGACCGCCGUGUUUACGCGAGGCGCGCUGCAAUGAGCGAUCGAGUCACCCCCACGGAUCUUCUGCUGAGUCAGUCGGUUCGCACCUUUGGUCCAUACCUUGCCGCAGUCGAGGCUGCGACCGCGCCAGCAAAAGGAGGAAAAUCUUCACUUCACGCACGAGAUGCUCCUUUGACGCCGAAAGCAAAGAUCUGAAAACGCGCCUCACCUCUGAAGGGUGAACACCGGCGCCAAAAUGAACUUCCUCCGGCAGGUUCAAUUGAUUCUCUGGAAAAACUGGGUGCUGAGGAAAAGGCAGAAGAUUCGGUGCCUGGUAGAACUGGUAUGGCCUCUGAUUUUGUUCUCGAUCUUGAUGUGGGUGAGAACCCGAGGGCUCAAGUCGUACAUUCAUGAGUGCCACUUUGAGGAAAAGGCCAUGCCGUCGGCCGGCCAGUUUCCCUUUCUUCAAAGUUUCAUCUGCACCUUGAACAACACUUGUCACCGCACUGUGCAGCAGCGACGGGGAGAAGAUUUGCAGAAUCUCAACACCACCCUGUUUGAAAAAUUGUUUGACGAAUUUGAGUCCAUAUUGGGUCAAAAUGUGGGUGCGAAAGAAAAGAUCAGUUUGGAAACGGCGACCCAAGACGUAAUGGAUUUGGCGUCGUUGGUGCAGACAAUUGCCGCCAAAGAGAGACCAGUUGAAGGAUUCAUUGCUGUUGAAAGUUUUUUAGACGACCCUAGAGAGUUUAAAUCGAUGCUUCGAAGAGAAAAGCUCAAUUUAAGUGAAUCGGUGAUUGACUCUAUAAUUUCUGCAAAAAUUGUCCCCCAAAAUAUAUCUCUGGGUCAACUGGCUGCCGUUCAAAACGAUCCAAGGGCAUUGCUCUGUGAUGCAGCCACACUAAGCACAAUUUUGGUUUGGGGACCAAUUAAAGCUUCACCUCAGGAUGUGUCGAGGGAAAUUUGCUCACUGCCAAUGUCAAAUGUAACUUUCAUAGCAAGGUCUUUGGGGCAAAAUGUGAAAGCGCAGAAAUUUUUGGAUGAGCUGUGGAAAUUCACGGAGCUGAAUCUUGGUCGAGAACUGAGUUGGUCGGACUGGCGGCAGUUGGGGCAGUUGUCAUCCAGACUUGCCGAAAACAUUCGUAAACUGGAUUCCUUCCAAGAGACGCUCAAUGAAGUGGGAACGGUCGGAAGAAAGUACAUGCCUACGGAGAAGCUCAUUGCCGAGUCGACGAACUCGAGGAUUGCAAACUUUUCAAAGCUGAGUCCGUCGGUGCUCACUUCAGUGGCCAUCGUUCAAAAUAUGCUGUGUGGCCCAGACACAACGAGCAUCCUGGACCAAAUUGCAGCAGGUGGAGGCGAAAGCACACGGUGGGGAGAAAGAGAUUCACUGUUUAUGCAAAAAUUUGAUGAGCUGAAAGAUCAACUCAAAGAUUCCGAGACCCACUUUGAUGAUUACGUCAAUGACACGGACGCCUCUGCGGAGUGCAACAAUUUCUUCAAAACCUUGGAAAGAAACAGUUUGAGUAGAUUCAUGUGGAACCAAGUCAAACCUUUCAUCCGAGGAAAAAUUUUGUAUGCCCCAGCCGAACCUGCUUUUGACAGAGUGAUGACGCGAGUUAACGAAUCUUUUGCAAUUAUUGAGAGGCUGUAUGAGGCAGCUUCAUUACUCUCAACCACAGUCAUGCCAAGACUGAAGGACUCGUUAAUCAACCAGACUGUCAGCUUGCAAGUCAUUAGAGAUUCUUGGCCAAGAAUUUACUCUGCAUUGAAGGCUAAUCUGAAUGAAAAUUUGGUUGGUGAGCUGGAAAAUCUUAAUGAAAUGGCUUUGAGAUUCUUGGAUCAAAAUAACACUGAGCUUCGUGAAGCGGCACUGAACACAUUGGAAGAGCUUCAAGUAAAUGUUACCAUCCUGCUUGAGUGCUUCGAUGCGAAUAAAAUUGAAAGCUAUGCUACUGAAGAGGAGGCUGUAAAAAGAGGAAUGGAACUUUUGGAGCACAACAAAUUGUGGGCUGUUGUUAGCUUCCUCGACGUUUCCGAGAGCAAUGGCACUCUGGACAAGCUUCCUCCAUAUGUUACUUACAAAAUUAGAACGGACAGUGGCAGGAUAGACACGACCAAACGAGUGGAAGACGUCUUGCGCCGACCAGGGCCUAGACGUCGACCUGGAAUCGAUUUGAAGUACAUCACUUAUGGAUUUGCCUAUCUUCAAGACAUGAUUGACUCCAGCUUGAUCAAAGAGCAGACCAACAGAAGCCGAACACCUGGAAUUUUUCUGCAGCAGUUUCCUUAUCCUUGCCACAUCAUCGAUAGGUUCAUUCUUGCAAUAUCAAGAACUUUCCCCUUGUUUAUGACCCUUUCCUGGGUGUACACAAGUUCAAUGAUAGUGAAGAGUAUUGUUUAUGAAAAGGAGCGUCGGCUGAAAGAGACAAUGCGUGUGAUGGGCCUCGGAAAUGGUGUGCACUGGGUCGGCUGGUUCGUGGACAGUUUUACACCGAUGGUGAUCACAACAUUUUUCCUCACCUUGAUAUUAGUGUAUGGAAAAGUGCUUGAAAACUCGGAUCCGUCCCUGAUCUUCGUUUUCCUGCUCAUUUACGGCAUUGCAACCAUCAGCAAGUGCUUCUUGAUUUCCACAUUCUUUUCCAAGGCUAAUUUGGCAGCAGCAGCUGGUGGCAUUAUUUUCUUUGUGAUGUACCUGCCUUACUCAUUCACUGUCCUCUGGGAAGAGAAAAUGUCUGGAGUCGUCAAAGGCCUUGUGUGCUUGAUAUCUAAUGUAGCAUUUGGUUAUGGCUGCUCGUAUUUGUCGUUCUUUGAGGAAACUGGCAUUGGCGCUCACUGGCAUAAUUACAACAAAAGCCCUCUGCUAAAUGAUGCUCUGAAUUUGCAAGCGUGCAUGCACCUGUUGGUUGUUGAUGCAGUGAUCUAUGCCGUGCUCACUUGGUACAUCGAAGCAGUUUUCCCAGGUGAAUACGGAGUGCCUAAACCUUGGUAUUUCUUUGUCAAAAAAUCUUACUGGUGCGGAAAAGAUGUGCCUGUUGACUCAGGGCCAAUUCCAGCAGAAGACGAACUCUUUGAUAAAAAAGAGACAGAAAACUUUGAAGAGGAACCAAAUGGUCUUCAAGUUGGAGUUGCCCUGAAGAAUUUAAGCAAAACUUACAACAACGGCAAAGUCGCCCUCAACAAUCUGAACUUGAACUUUUACCAAAAUCAAAUCACUGCCUUUUUAGGCCACAACGGCGCCGGCAAAACAACCACAAUAUCAAUCUUGACUGGCCUCUUCCCACCCUCAAAGGGCACUGCAAAUGUCAAUGGAUACGACAUUAGAACCGACAUGGACAGUAUUAGAGGCAGUCUUGGAACCUGUCCCCAGCACAAUGUCUUGUUUGACCAGUUGACAGUUGAGGAGCACCUAUGGUUUUAUGCAAGAAUUAAAGGCAGAGAGAGUUCCGAAGUUACCACGGAAACUGAAAAGAUGAUCCUCGACUUAGGCCUGCCGCAUAAGAAACAUGAAAUGUCUAAAAAUCUCUCUGGUGGGAUGCAACGAAAGCUGUCAAUUGCUGUGGCUUUUGUUGGAGGAUCAAAAACUGUGAUUUUGGAUGAACCAACGUCGGGCGUUGAUCCAUUUUCAAGACGAUCCAUCUGGGAACUUUUAGUCAAAUACAAACAAAAUCGUACUGUGAUAUUGACAACGCAUUUCAUGGACGAAGCUGACCUCCUUGCUGAUCGAAUCGCAAUUAUUUCUGGAGGAAACCUUCAGUGCUGUGGUUCGAGCCUGUUCCUGAAGGCUAGAUUUGGCUCUGGUUUUUACCUAACUGUGGAGAGAAUAUCUUGCAUGGAAGAGAAAGCGAAUAGAGAGGCGCAGCAGAACGGGACACAGAACAAUGGAUCGCAACCUGACUCGGAUUUGGCUACAUCUGAGCAGAUAAAGAAAAUAACUGAGACUGUAAAAAUGAGCAUCCCAAGUGCUGAACUCCUUGAAGCCGUUGGACAAGAGCUUGUUUAUUCCCUGCCGUUCACAAUGGCACAGAGGCAAGGUGCGCUUCCAACACUGCAAAGUCUACUGGACAUACUAGACAAGCAAGGUGAAUCUGUGGGCAUCAAUUCAUAUGGAAUUUCCGACACUUCGCUGGAGGAAAUCUUCUUGAAAAUUGCACAUGAUGGAGAAUACAGUGAAAGCGAGCGUUUUAUGAACGGAAAAAAACUGAAUGGAAGUGCCCCUGUGAACAAUGGUGGAAGUGAGAAUAUUCAAGUACCCCCUUUGAAAAACGGAGCAACUGUGAAACAGACGAGCAAAGGAAAAAGAAGAAAUAUCUACAUCCAGGCGAACGGAAACAAGGUUCAAUACACAAGAGCAUCAACAGAGGAUCCCAGCAAUUUAGAAAAUGGAGACACAGACAGUUUCGAUUCCGACUACUGGGAUACAAAGUCUGGCCGAAGAAAACUGCGCUGGAGACAAUUCAUGGCUCUGCAGACGAAGCGGUUCCAUCACACAAGGAGAAAUCCGAAAGCACUCUUUUGUGAGAUUGUGCUGCCAGCCGUAUUUGUGUGCUUAGCCUUUGUGUUCACCAUGAUUCUGCCAGGACUACAAGAAGAACCUCCCUUGGAACUCCACCCUUGGAUGUACACGGAGCCAAAUAACAUGUUUUUGGAAGUUCAAUCUCCUGAUAACAUUUGGACCCAGCGAUACAAGAACCAGAUAUUAGGACCUUAUGGAAUUGGCACAAGAUGUGUUGGAGAAAGCACCUACAACUGCGUGGCACCAAGCGAGAUUUUUGCCGAACCUCUAGAGAAUAUUUCCCAGAUAUCUCCAAGCUGUUCAUGUCAGAGAGGCACACAGACUUGCCCUGCUGGUGCUGGAGGGCCACGUCCGCAGAAGAUAAAGGCUGCUACUGGUGACUUAUUCCACGAUCUCACUGGAAGAAAUGUGUCCGACUGGCUUGUAAAGACUGAAGACGAUUUUUACAAAAUAAGAUACGGUGGCUUUUCUCUUGGCGUUUACAACCCCACAAAUCGUAUUAAUAUCUCCAACGUUCUUGACCGCAUCAGUCGGCUUGACCGGGCAUCAAACCUAGGUCAAAAUAGGUUCGACGAUUACAAAACCGUAACCGAGAACCUGACCGAAAGAAUCAAGCAAGAAGAUAUCUUUGACAACAUCAAGGUCUGGUUCAACAACAAAGGCUGGCCAAUGUCAGUUUCAUACAUGAAUGCCAUCAACAAUGUUGUGCUGAGAGCCUCCCUCCCAGAGAACGAGAACCCAAAGCUCUACGGCAUCAAAGCCAUCAAUCACCCCAUGAACUUCACACCUACCCAGUUAUCCCAAGAAAUGAUCAAACAAUCCAGUAUCAGCCUGUUGCAUGCAAUAGCUGUGAUUUUUGCCAUGAGCUUUGUGCCGGCGUCGUUCGUUGUGACGCUAAUUGAGGAAAGAGCCUCCAAAGCAAAACAUUUGCAAUUUGUCUCUGGAGUAGAUGCUGCUGUAUACUGGAUCGCAGCUUUUUUCUGGGAUAUGAUGAGCUAUUUAGUUUCGGCCACACUCUGCGUGUUCAUCUUCCUCAUAUUUGACGAGAAGGCUUAUGUUUCGAGUGAAAAUCUUCCAGGCCUGAUACUUUUGCUCGUCUUUUAUGGGUGGUCCAGCAUCCCAUUAAUGUACCCAGCCAGCUUCAUGGCCAAAGUCUCCAGCACAGCUUUUGUUUUCUUGGCUUGCUGGAAUCUGUUUGUUGGAAUUGUCACUACUGUUGCCGUUUUUGUACUUGAAAUAUUUGAUGACGAGGAGUUGCAGUUCAUUGGCUCCAUUUUAAAAGAAGUUUUCCUCAUCUUCCCGCACUUUUGCCUAGGCCAAGGCUUGAUGAAAAUGGCCACAAAUCAUUUAGCUGCUCAAACAUUUGCAACUUUUGGUCUGGAGUUAAGGAAGAACAGAUUUGAAUGGGAGUUUCUUGGAAAAAAUUUGUUUGCCAUGCUGAUAGAAGGAUUCAUUUUCUUCGCAAUCACUCUUGCUAUAGAGUUUGGAUUUUUUGACCCAGUAUGGCAGUGGAUUCUUGUAAAAUUGAAUCGAGCACCUAAAUUGAGUGAAAAUAUGUUGUCUGACAUUUAUGAUGAUGAAGAAGACGUCGGGGCUGAAAGACAAAGAGUCAAACUGAGCAGCAGUGACGAACAUGUGUUGGCCAUCAAUGAUCUCUCAAAGAUUUACAAGCCGAGAGGCAGACCAGCCGUCAAUAAGCUGUGCUUCGGCGUUAAGAGGGCGGAGUGCUUUGGACUUCUUGGCCUGAACGGAGCAGGAAAAACAUCAACAUUUAAGAUGCUAACUGGAGACACGAAACCGUCAUUAGGAGAUGCAUUUGUGUGCGGCCACAGCAUCCAGACCGAGAUUCGUUUGGUGCGUCGUAAAUUAGGCUACUGUCCUCAAUUUGACGCGCUGGAUCCCCUUUUGACCGCCAGGGAACACCUGGAACUUUAUUGCAAACUGAGAGGCGUUCCUAGUCAACAGCUGCCUCAAGCGGUGGACGAAGGGUUGUCUCGCUUGGGUCUGAUUCAGUAUGCUGACAAAUGUGCUGGGACGUACUCCGGUGGUAACAAAAGAAAGCUUUCAACAGCUAUUGCACUUGUCGGAAAUCCACCCCUGGUGUUUUUGGAUGAGCCGACAAGUGGAAUGGAUCCAGCAGCUCGGCGCUUUUUGUGGCGCUGCAUUCUUCGCGCUGUUCGGGAAGGACGAUCCGUCGUUCUAACGUCCCACAGUAUGGAGGAGUGCCAAGCUCUGUGCUCAAGACUGACCGUGAUGGUGAAUGGCAAACUUUCCUGCCUUGGAAGUGCCCAACAUUUGAAGAGCAAGUUUGGCAACGGCUACACUUUGGUUGUGAGGUGCCCUGUCGGCAGCACUGGGGCAAUGGAGCAGCACAUGAAGCAAAUGCUGCCAGAAGCAGUACUUAGCGAGAGCCACCACACAAGACUGGUUUUCCAGCUACCCACUGGUUCGCACAAGCUGUCGUCUGCACUUGGGGCGCUCGAAGUGGCGAGAACCAACAACUUCCUCUACGACUAUUCCCUUUCUCAAACCACACUUGAAGAGGUGUUUUUGCGAUUUGCCAACAAACAAAAUGAUCUCGUUGAAAGCAGCGACAAAGCCGUAAUCGACUGCUCGUGCUUCAAACGUCUCAUCAGCCAAAAAUGUAAAUUUAUGCACUAAUUCUGUAACUGAAGCAAGCUCUGAAAGAUGACUUCUCAGGGAAUGGCGUCAUGAAUUUAUUUCUCAGCUCUAUAUUAAAUCAACUACCUGUCACCACAAUCUCACCAAUCCUUGGAGGUAUUUUUGCACCAUGCGAAGAAUUCUUUGUUUAGUGAAAAUUAAUUAGUCACAAGUCAAAUCGUUUGAAUUGUGAUAUAUAUUUAAUGCUGUGGAAUAGUUGAAACGUAGCCUGUGGUAGUACAAUUAAGUGAUACAGCAGUUCACAGUUUUGAUUAGAACUUUAGAUAAUCUGGACGCCACUUCAUGUUUUCAAAAAUUGCGUCCAUUGAACUAAAUUUUCAAUGCUGGUGUGCCAGUUCAUUUCUAAUUCACUCCUUGAUUCUUGUGAUAAUUUCCAUAAUUUAGGUUAGGCAAUCAGUUAAAUGUAAAUAUUUAUUUAUGUUUAAAAAUGUGAUGUCCGGUGGCAUGUGAUCUAGAGAAAAGUAUUUAAUAAUGAUACAUUAAUCAUCAAAAAUUCGACUUUCAUUGUAAUAAAAUAAUAACACUAAGGUAUU